GCAGCAUCAGAAGCCUAGAAGCCACCACCAACCCGAGUCUCGAGACAAGGCUGCAACAACUCAUUAACAUAUUGUACAUAUACACUUGCUCUCGUACAUAUACCCAACAUGCCGUCGUGUCAAGAACUGCGAGACGCCCUCGCACAAUGCCUCCAGGAAUCAGACUGCGUCAUGGUCCAGCGCAACAAGGCCACCGACUGCCUCCGCGAGCCUCUCUACUCGACCCUCCCCACCAAGUGCCAGCAGCUCACGAGGGGAUACAGCGAAUGCAAGCGCGGCCUGGUCGACAUGCGGAAGCGCUUCCGCGGACACGUGCCGGUGGAAUACCGCAACGUGGACACGUCUGAUGGGAAAGGCUACCAGCUGUAUGCGGGCAAAUCUGCGUUUGGCGGCGGCGUCAAGGAGACGGAUGGCAACGAGCCGAUUCCCAAGGACUGGAGGGAGAUUGAGAAUGAAAAGUAUCGACUGGAGCAGCAGCAACUGGCUCAGCAGAGCAAGAAAUAAAAAAUAAAAAAUACAAAAGAAGAAAGAAAAAGAAAGAAAGAAAAUGAGGAAGGGAAAAGGAACGAGGGAGGCGUGAAAACAGAUAAAAAGCGAUUAUGGUACAUGGCAUGGCGUUAUGGCGUUGGAUUGGAAGCAGAAAAGAGGAAGCUCACCUGGCUGAGUCUCGUCUCCGGUGCUUACAAAAUGGAAUUAACGGAUCUCACACUGAUAGAGUUAGAGGCAGCUAGAGUCGACUUCUCGUCUAUAUAGGGGGGGAGGAUACGACACGCUCUUCGGAUAAGCCUAUGCUUGGGUAUAGACUUGUACUAUUAUAAGGUGGGCGGGCAUUGAUGGAAGCCCUGUAUAGUAUAUGUAUAUUAGUAGUAGAAUAAGACCUUCUUCUCACAGCA